AGACUAUGGGCUCAAGGGUGAUAGAUUUCAGUGGAUAGGCGUGAAGCGACAACGAUUUCGCUGCGGCUGGAGAGUCGAAACAUUUGUGGAGCGGUGUCCUUGUUUCUGAAGGCCCACUUGGAGAAGUUCAACCUGCUUUCAAUUUCGUGUUGACACAGGUGCCAUGUCCUAUCCGCCACCAACUUACCCAAGCCAUGCAUAUCCACCAACUGCUCCAACAUACCCCCCAAACUACGACCCUCGAACUUCUCAAUACGCAUAUCCUCCACCAGCUGACCCCCGCCCUGAAACUCCUGCUGCAACUGAUCCUUACUACAGCUACCCGCCACAACCUCAAGCAGCACAACCACCACCGGCCCAACCGCAAGCUGCUCCGGCAAGUCAGCCAAACCAAACCACACAAACACCUCCUGCAUCGCAAGAUCCAUAUGCACAAGCACAUUAUGACUACUACCGGCAGUACUACUAUCCGCCACCUGCAACCAGCUACCCAGCAGCUACAGAUCAAACGCAUCAAGCGCAACCAGCACCAGCUGCACACACCGCGCCGCAAGCACCCCAACCUCAUGCCACUCCAUUCCAAACUCAUCCCCAAGCACAUCCAGCCCCCCAAGCAGAGUAUCCAGCAUACCCACCUGCCUAUCCAAGCUAUCCGGGAUAUGAUCCUUCCAGGCCAGACCCCUAUGCUCAUUACGCACAUUACCCACCUCCUGCCUAUCCGUAUCCACAUCCACCGCCAGGCUAUCCACCAGUUCCCUACGGCUACCCGCCCCCACCUCAUCAGCAUCCUCCACCGGCAGCGGCCCAUCAGCAUCCUCCACCAAUCCAGCCGGCUUCCCAGCCACAAGAGAGAGAUAGAAGGGCCUCACCACGAAGAGAUCGCAAGAGAACGACCAAAGUCCCCGACAGACCUGAAAAGAAACAAAAGGUUGAGCCUGAUUCCCGGACAAAGCUGCUUCAGCAUAUCCAGCAAAAAGCUUGGAAUGCUUUUUGGCUUGAAGGCAUUGAUCCUCCGCAGAGAGCAAUCAGCAAUUCAAAUGUUACUUUGUUGAUUCUCACAAAAGGACCUGCUGCAUCCGCUUCCUCCUUUGGUUUUUUGAUGGCAGAGUCACGACAGCCACAAAAGCAAAAGGAUAGACAGCGAGAGUGUGUGCGAGACCUCCUUGCUCAAGUUGAACAACUCUUAGCAGGGAAAUCUGAGGCAGAUCUGCGUGCAUGGUGCCAAAUUCACGACUCCCAGACACAUGGGCCCAAUGGGUCUUCUGAAGAGUCUGACUUGGACAAAUUAAAAGGCACAAUUGAAAGCCGACUAACUGCUACAGGAAGCAAAGCAGUCGCAGUGGAUUUGGAUUUCAGUGCCCCCAGCACAUCUGUUAUUGUCUCGGUAUCGCAGUUUGAGGAAGAAUCCAAGAAAGAUGAGCAGACUGAGUCUUCGGAAGCAGACUUUUCGGCUAUGAAUUUCUUCUCUGCUGAUGCUGCUGCUCAGUUGGAGGAAGCUCGCAAGCUUGGUGGUCUUCUCAGACUGCAGUGGCACUUGGCUGUGGUGAAAGCAAGCCAGAGCAAGAGUCGAGACAAAGGAGAAAGGGACAAGGGUGAGAAAGGAGACGACAAGGAGAAGGAUCAGUCACAUCGAUCGAUCCCAUUGGGCGUGGGCUUCUCCACUGAAGAACCCUUGGCGAAGGCACGGGCUUUGCGAGCGGCAGAGGUCCGCGCUGAGGUGCUCACUGAGGCAAUGUUCCUUAAGCCCAACCAGAAGGCCCCGGUGUCCCCAUUGGCACAGGAGAAGAACUGAAGCAGAUGUGAGUUGAAGGCGUCAAAGAAAA